GACCUCUCAUAGAUCCUUCAAUAGGCUAUCUCUGUCACAGAACAAUUUAAUGUGGGACGUUUGAGCCUGCGAUCUUGGCGGUACGACAAAGGCACCGGUAUGGCAGCAGAAAUUUUUGAGAAGCGGAAGACAAUCGAACUAAGAAAGAAACACGUUGGUCCAUCCUGCAAAGUUUUCUUCAGUCACGAUCCAAUCAAGAUUGUCCGAGCAAGAGGACAGUACAUGUACAAUGAGAAAGACGAAAGAUUCUUGGACUGCAUCAAUAACGUGGCCCACGUGGGCCACAGUCAUCCUGACGUAGUCAAGGCAGGAGCGAAACAAAUGGAGCUUCUCAACACCAACUCAAGGUUCCUGCAUGACAACCUAGUUCAAUAUGCCCAAAGGCUGCAAGCUACCCUUCCCGAAAAGCUCUCUGUCUGCUACUUUGUCAACUCCGGCUCAGAGGCUAAUGACCUCGCUUUGAGGUUGGCUUGGCAGCAUACUGGCCACAAAGACAUCAUCACACUGGACAACGCGUACCACGGUCAUGUGUCGUCACUCAUUGAUAUCAGCCCCUAUAAGUUUCACCAGCUGGCCAAUGCAGAGCAGAGCCAACACGUUCAUGUGGCCCCAAGUCCAGAUAUCUAUCGAGGCAAAUACAGGGAGGACCACCCAGACCCAGCGACAGCCUAUGCAGAUGACGUGCAAGACAUCAUCGCAAAGGCCCAUGCAAAGGGAAGAAAGAUCGCUGCUUUUAUUGCCGAGUCGCUGCAGAGUUGCGGAGGGCAAGUCAUUCCUCCUGUGGGCUACUUCCAAAAAGUGGCACAGCACGUGCGGAACGCAGGCGGCAUCAUCAUCGCAGAUGAGGUGCAAGUUGGUUUCGGAAGAGUGGGCACCCACUUCUGGGCUUUUCAGCUGCAGGGCGAGGACUUUGUGCCUGAUAUCGUCACUAUGGGAAAACCUAUUGGUAACGGGCACCCAAUGUCAUGUGUGGUAACCACAAGAGAGGUAGCAGAGAGCUUCAAGUCAUCCGGAAUGGAGUAUUUUAACACAUUUGGCGGUAACCCUGUAUCCUGUGCUAUUGGGUUGGCUGUGCUGGAUGUGAUUGAGAAGGAAGAUCUCCAAGGCAAUGCACUGCGUGUAGGAAACUAUCUAACUCAACUUCUGGAGGAGCAGAAGGAGAAACAUCCGUUGGUGGGCGACAUUAGGGGGCGUGGCCUGUUUAUUGGAGUCGAACUCGUGCGAGACCGAAUCAAGCGAACUCCAGCUACAGCAGAAGCUCAAGAAGUCAUAUACAAAUUGAAGGAACAGCAUAUCCUCCUUAGUGCAGAUGGCCCACAUCGCAACGUACUGAAGUUUAAACCUCCCCUGUGCUUCUCACGAGAAGACGCUGAGCUGGCCGUGGAAAAGAUCGACCUAAUUCUCGCAGACAUUGAAAAGGCCUUGGGGCUCCACAUGCCUGUUACAACAGAGUCUGAGAUGAGAGCAAAGAGAAAGGCAUCAUAUGAAGAAAAUGGAGACCGUCCUCAUACAAAUGGAAGUGAUCAUCAUAACCUGAUCUCUAACCCGCCUCCUACCUUGAAACCCACCAAGAGAAUAAGAACAUAAUGAAGACAGUGGCUGUUAAUUCACCGUGCCUUACACACGUGUGUGUAUCAGCGUUUGGCUGCAGGAGAUUCACAUGGAACAACAUAAUAUGAUUAGUGUUCAAUUCUGUGGUAUUAACUUCCAUGUUUUAAUGGAUUUCAGAAGUGUUUAGAUACUCAAACAUAUGCUGCAGGAUAUUUUAAAAAGGAAUUUUACGCUUUUGUUUCAACUUGAUCUUCAUCCAAUUUUUUUUUUUUUAAUACUUGUUUCGUAACCAGAUUCAGAUGUUAAACAGUAACUUCGUGUUAGUGAUGACGUGAUUCAAGUCAACCUAAAUAGUGUGAAAACACACCGAUGUGUUCUAGCCUGUUAGUUUUGCAUGGAACAGAAGUACACACAUGACAGUGAGAGAUGAAAAAUAUGCAAAUGAUUACAUCCGGAGUUAUCUGGAAGAAUCACGCCAUAGCGUAUGAUUAGUAUCAGCCCAUUCCAUUUCUUGUAAUCUUUUCCAGGCUUAAAUGCGCUCCCCAAAGCAAUGGCAGUCAAAUAAACUGAAUUGCAUCCA